UAGGAGGGGCUUCACAGUGACCUCAUACUUCAUAUAUUGUAAGUCUGAACCGGCAUUUACUAAAUAUUCUGUCUUUAAUCUUACCGCAGUGCAACGAAAUCUUACAUCUAUUCAGCAUCUGUCAAUCUGACCUCUGUAUCCUUCACAAAUCCAACGCGCGACGCAGAGCUCUAAGGAUGAAGAUUGAAAACAGCCUGCCCUGCUCUCAGCUCCCUGAGGCCCCUCCUCAGACCGGGCUGCAUUUUACAGUGGCGACGGAGGAGGACUUUGACGACAUCAUGGCCAUGAGCAAGGAUAUCUAUGGCGGCCUGGACUAUCUGCCCUCCCGCUAUCAAGCCUGGCUGCAAGAGAGCAACCGCACUGUCAUUUUGGCUCGCAAGCAAGGCAAAGUGAUUGCACUGGAGUCAGUGUGUGUUAUCGAUGAUGGCGAGACCAUGCUGGUGGAAGGGCUUCGUGUUGCUCCACAGGAGAGGGGGAAAGGUGUGGCAGGGGUACUUCUUCGCUUUUGCUCUCAACUGGUUAAGUCCAAGUACCCCGACGUUAAAGUCAGCAGACUGACAAGAGAUGACCAACUGGGGCCAAAAGACUUCCAGAAGUACCGGCUCAUCACCAAACAGGGAAUCCUUCUGGUGCGCUUCCGUGCCGAAGACCUAAAAUUACGCCUUGCUGAUCUUGGGCCUAAUAUCACUGUAGCGGGGGAAGGUCUGUCCACCACAAACAUCCCGGUCCGUUUGGAGCCAGCAGAGGUGCAUCAGCUCUUCCUAAGCGAUGUUCUAAUGCAGGGUGUCCUUCCCAAUGCCACCAUCGUUCAAGAUUGGCAGCCCUUCAAGCCUCUGCCUAGCAACAUGGCCAUCCUGCUGAAGAAGGACAUCGAUUGGAUGGUUGACGAUGCCAGGCGCCCAACCAUGGCCAGCUUGUGCACCUUCCCGUUCCAUGUGCCAAUCGGUGAUGACUGGUACUACCUCAACAUCGACAUGUUUGGUAAAGACCUGAUGCUGGCCAUACAACAGCUGCUGUGCCACCUGAGGUGCCAUACUGGCACUCUGAAGGGUUACGUCAUGUGUCAGGUGUUCCUGGAGCCUGCGCUGUGGAAGCCCAUGGCUGAUUUCUUUAGGGAGACCCUUAAAGUGGAGCUGGUGAAGGAGUACACAGAGCAGUGCGUCGUGGAGUCUGAUGUUGUUUAGUCGAGGAGCCUCAGAAACACCUUCCCUUACAAUUAGACACCAAACCUACAUAAACGAGAGGAAAUUUAACACCUAAAAGAAAAAAACCCACCUAAUAUAUCUACUCUAAAGGGACGAAAAACUUCAGUUCUAUUCCGCUUAAUGAAAACGCUCUCAUAGGAUUUAAUUUAUUUUAACAACAACUAAUUAAAAUAAAAUGCAUGUUAGUGAACAAACUAGAAUAAAUGUAGUAGAUGCUUGUUUAGGUUAUUUAAUUUAUUUCCAUAUGCAGUACUGUAAACAGUGGCGCUGACAGGACAGGGACUGGAAAAGAGGGAAGCAGUUUUAGAUUAUAUAAAAUAGGGACCCAAAUUGUUCCAGGCCCUUUCAUUUGUUGGCAUCGCUGACAGUGAAAGCAUAUUUACUCAUGCUGAGUUAAAAAGAAAACUGCACAAUCUUUAGGGCACUUUAUGAUAAAAAAAAAAAUGGAUCUCACUUUAGUGUCUGUUGCUUUUUCAGAAUGUGGCACUGUAGCUGCUAGAGUGUUUAGAGGAAAAAUAAACAACAUUUCUGGGACUUUAUGACAGGUUGCCCUUAUGGAGAUCGAAAUGGUCUUCAAAGGCAGUUUUAAUUAACUUGAAAAUACUAAAAAAUUCCACAAUGGGGUAAAUGUAAUUUCAGCCUUUCUAAUAUGCACCUCCAAAAAUUAGUAACUCUUCCUCUAAAGGCACUUUGCAGUGCUUAAAACUCUGUAUCAAAUGAUAAAUGUCUGGCUAAGAACUUGCUUAUACAUUUAGAUUACAGUCUCAAGUUUUUGCUUUAAGUACUUGUUUGCUAAAAUGAUGUUCUAUCUGUAUUUGUACCUAACUGUAGAAGUGCAGUUUCAAUAAUACACUGGAAUAUUGCUAGAAGUACAUUCAGUUAGAUAUGAUUAAUAACUAAUAAUGAAACAGACAUGUACAAUUGUGUUAGAUUUAUCAUUUGAUUUAUAUUUUAGUUCUAAAAUAAUUGUAAGUGGACUAUUUGGCAGGAUCACAUCUAAAUACAUAAGACAGGAAAUAUAUAAGUUUAUAUACAUAUAUAUAUACAUAUAUAUAUAUAUAUAUAUAUAUAUAUAUAAAUGUUUAAAUAAAUGUUCUUGUAGUUCAUUAAAAAAUAAUGUGUUUUAAUUUAAUUGAUACAUCACUAUGUAGUGAUUUUGUUACAUCGUAUACUUGUUGUGAUUCAGAAGAAACAUGAUCUUAAGGAAAUUUGUCCAAAUUAGGUGCUCCAAUUAAAAAAAAAAAUAAUAAUAAUAAUGAUCAUCUCUGAAAAUCUUACGCUGGCUCUUGUGAUUCACCCACGGAAUCAAGAAAACAAAUGAGGACAUUGGAAACCUGAGCAAAACAAGUGACAACUGCUCAUCUCUAUGAAGAAUAUUUGAAGUUUUUUAAUUGAUUUUUUGAAGUUGAAAGACUGACACAAUUUAUCAGAGGAAAAGAAUGGAUGAAAUCAUAUAAAAUCAUCUCCUUUUAUUGGCCUGAAGUGAAGAAAGUAAAGUGAAGUAUUACCAACAUGGAAAAAGAAGAACAGAAAAAGCCUUUAGACAUCCUCAGAACCAUAUUUAGUUCCUUUGCCCCAAACCCAGAUUGCAGCGUGCUUUUCCCUGAAGCACUGUGGCAGAAUGAGAUUCAAAUUCAGUUAAUUUAUAGCUUAAUAUAUACUUAUGAAAAUAUAUAACUUAUAGUUUAAGCCCUCACAGGGUCUAACCACAAUUUGUUAGGCAGAUUUGAAUCCAAAUCUGUAUCCACUAAACUAAAGCCAAGAAUUUCUUUAUUCUUUUUACUAAUUAUGUGUUUGGUUUGAGUUCAUUUGGUGGACUUAUUUUGUGCCCUUGUAUGAACUCUCAACAUCCACUGACGAAAAGGAGGCCUCCUUUCCUCCUUCAUUUGGACAGCUGCAUGUGGGACUUGUAUUGCGGUCAGUAUUUAUAAAUGGCAAAUAGGCAGUCUUUUUUGAUUCUGAAAGUCAAGGCAUUUUACAGAUUAUUAACUGUAAUUCCAAUAACAGUUUAUUGCAUUUGUAUAGGUGUACAUAUAUCUAAAUUUAUAUGUUUGCUUGGAAGGGGGGUGAUUUUCUGGCUGAAAUCUCAAAAUCCUACAUGUCUGCUACAUGCUUUCAGAGCAAAUCAGUUUCAAAAUAGAAAGUCGUGAAGCACAAGAAACAUUAAUGCUUCAGUUUCCCAUUAAAAAUGACAUUUUCCCAAUUUAAAACAAUGUCUACUGGCCUUCAAAAAUCUACAAAUGAUGUUAGAGUCAAGAGAUGCUAUUUUUAAUUUGCCUCUAAAGCACUCGUCAGAAUGCGACAUGAUGGAUUAGAGACCCAAAAUGUGUUUGGUUUGUGUUUUCUUUUGUACAUAGCGCAGUGCAUUUAGAUUUAAGUGUGAUGUAUUAUGUCAGCUUACCUUAGAGGUGGAAGGUUCCCUGAGUACACUAGCCUCUAUAUUUAGCCGUUACUUUCUUUUGUGUGACAUUUAAUAAUCCAGUAAUCUUUUAAGAAUUUUUCUCUUUUAUUUAUUGCUUCUAUCUAUCUUUCAGCUCCACUUUUUAGCACUUUGGAUAUCUAAUUGCCUUUCUGAGUAUUUGUGAAUUGUGCAGGAGGUUGUAACUCUAUAUUUUACACAGGUCCUAGUGCCAGGUCCACGAGACUAUAAAAGGUUAGAGGCAUGUGACCACCUGAUGGUGGAGUGAUGUAAAGGAUACGUUGCCCCUUGUUUCGCUGGCACACGAGGAGUGAACUUUAAACCCAUUUCUUUCAAUUAUGAAGUGGCUUUUCACUUUCUUUUUCUGGAAUGGAAAAAUAAGACAGGUUGCAGAGGGAGAUGAGAGAUGAAGCUGUGGCUAUGCUAGGAAUAGGCAGCGAGGAGAGGACAUGUGAUCCAGAUCGCGUUACCGCUCUAAAAAUUAGUAAACGUUCAUUUUGUAUUGUAAAACUUAUUUGGAACGCUGUAUUUGUGACAAAAAAGGGAAGUGGUCUUUCGCAAGAGAGGCCUUGUAUUGGUAAUUAGCGCCAAACCACUAUUGAGGAGGACAACAUAGAUAGACCAACCCAGAGCAGGAUAUCUGUAUGAUCAGACUCAGCACUAAAGUAAUACCUCGAGUGCUAAGUCAUACGAAAGCAAAUAUAUACUCAGACACUUGUUAUCCUGUGUGACUGUGGGCCAGUUAAAGUUUCAGGGCUCAUCUCUGAGUAAGUGAAACUGGAUCCUGAGAGUGUCAUCUUGCGUAGAACAAGGGUUCACCCCAGACUCCCUUUACCUUCCACCUGAUCCCCGUCGGCUUGACACAUGGAAAGAGUGAGCAGGAGAGGUUAAAAUAAGAAGGCUGGGUUCCAGCCUUGUCAUACGAAUGCACUGUCCUUUGCCACGCUGCUCUGUACCUAUUCCUGAUUUUUAUGUUAUUCAUGGUGGCAUCUUUUGUUUUUCAUUUUCCUGGCUGCUUUGUAAUGUUUAUGAAGGGCUUUAUGUGUAUUAGAAUCAGCUGUGUAUUGCAUGUUUUGUGAACGAGGGGAAAACCACCAGGGAGAUUUGUUUUCUUUAUUCCAAGUCACUAUUCGAACGUUAAAAGAACUUAACUGAAAGCCUUAUCCAGGUGAUAUCAGUUAAACUGCUGAUUUGCACUAUCAGAGCUUCAACUCUGCUUCUCCCUAUGUUGUUUUCCAUAGAAAAAACAUAUACUGUGUCUAUACACAGAUGCUUCUGAAAUGGCUAAAUCACAGGUAUUUUCACCUGUGGUGCACUAAGCUAUUUUGUUACAUUCAAUCUACAAAUCUAAUGCAGUAUUUGGAGGUAAAAUGCAACUAGAUCCCAGUGCAAAUUGUGUUUUAUCUCACGCCAUGUCAGAGUCAUCCAACUCCGAUUGGAUUAACCAUUCAUCUAGCUGUUCUGAUGUGCUGCACUUUAUACUGUAGAUAUGUAGAUAUUCCAAAGCACAGUGGGGAUAUUCAUAAAACAUCAGUGUGGGUUGCUGUAACAGUCAUGGUCAUUCAGUGGAUCGUGCUAUAUAUUUUUUUGUAAUCGGAAUAGGAGCGUGGGCCUGUCUGCGUAACGUUUUUAAAUUCAAGGAUAUUUUUAUUGGUGUGCUCCUGACUUUAUAGCCGUUAAUAAAGCUCCUACUUAAUGACCAUUGUCUGAAUAAGCCACACUGUACCUGUCUGAAACCGCUGAUGGAUAUAGUUACCACUAUCAGCAAAGCAGGGACCAUGAUUUCUACAGACCUCAAGAAGGUGGUGGUUUGAAUGUCCACGUCAUCCAUUCUCUUGAUGCAGCAGUGGCUGUUGAGUUUGUUUUCGCUCGAGUCUUCCCAUUAGCCCUAGAUACAAACUGGGUGUCAUGUUUUGUGUUUGUGCAGAAUAUUUGAAAUCUCCUAUGAUGGGAAACUAAUGCUUGUAAAUGAGAUAAAAAAUGUAAAAAAAGAACUCAUGGCCAACUGUCAAUCAAGAGGGUGAAUACAGUUUCAAUGCCAUAAAGGCAUUUUGAUUAUAGGAUAAAUUGUUUUCCGUUUUUUUGGUUUUUUUAAAGAUUUUUUUUUUAUUACCCAAUAUGACUGCUUAUUCUCAAGCAGUGAUGUGACAACUAAUGGAAAAUAUUUUAAUAUUUUGUUACCUUUGUCUGUUCCUUUUUUCAGAGAUUGUGAGAGAUGCAGAACUAUUUUAAAUACAGUAAUUUUUUAAAAACCUUAUAAUCCAUGAGAGGUUUUUGAAAUGUGCAUGUUGUGUGAAUGGGUGGGGAAGGGCUUUACAAUGAGCAUGUGACUAGAUUUACACUGAGCACAAAGACCUUGUACUAAUAUAUUGACAUUUAGAACCUGUCAAAUUGGAAUUGGUGAUAAUUGACAAAUUAAUUAAUGAUUAAACAAUUAAAAAGUCUAGACAGGGUGUUUAAAAUUGCUAAGGGUAAACCUUUUUUUUUUUUUCCUUUUUUUUUUUUUUUUUUUUUUUUAGCCAUGAUAUACAUUUUUAGAUACUAUAGGCUAUACUUCACUAAUUGUAUAAAAGGAUUAAAAAAUCUAAUCACUGAUCUUUUUUUUUUUUUUUUUUGCUUGCAGUAUUUUGUUGUAAUUGUGUGCAUCUCUAUAUACCUAUUUCUUUGUAUAUUUAACAAAUAACUCCGCUUGAAUAUUUUAAUAUACAAUAUAUAUUUAGAAAUGUUUCCAAAGCUAGAAACUGUCACUUCUUAAAAUCAACAUUACAGCAGCGGUUAUUAUGUGUAGACAGUGGUUUAACUUAAUUUGCUAGUAUUGUUUUUUUUUUGUUUUUUGUAGUUUGUACUUUUUUCUCUUUUUUAAAAAAAAACUGAGUACACUGUUAAUUUGAGUACAAAUCCUGGCUGGUAAACUCUAUGUCAGAAAUGAUUUGCUAAAUUCAUUUCAUUCCCUAUUCUUUGAAUUUAAUUCAUUCAAUUUAAGUUUAAAUUUGCCUAUACUUAAAGUUAAAUGUCCCAAUGAAUGUUUGUAGGAAAUUGUAAAUGGUUGGAUGAACCAGAAUAAUCAUCCAGGAUGGUCCAGAAGCAGUUUAAAGUGUGACUAGGCAUGGGUAUGAAAUAAUCUUAUCUUAUUUAAGUAACGGAUAUGCUACUGGGUAUGAAACCAGUCUAUGUGCACAUGCUCUUUUGCAUUUUGUUACAUUAAAUUACAGUGACAUGUGUAUGUUUAAUAUGUAUAGGACAGAUUUACUGCAUGUAAAUGUUUGUUUUUCUGUAAUAUUAAACAAUAUGUAAAUAAUUUAUUUAAAAAACCUAGAUAACAUCCAAAUUCAGAGCUUGGUCUCUGCUGUCAAGUGUGACAGAAAUUCUACUUAUAGUUUCCCAAAGAUCACAUGCUGAAUGCAGUAGAAAUCUAGAUGAACCCCAUGAAAACACAACUGUCAUGUUUACUUUCUGCCAUUUAAAAAAAAGCCCAAAACCAUAGGUUCAAGACAAAGUAUUUGACAAGACCCAAAAUGUUAAAAUUCUGUAUAUCUUUCAUUGAGAUCCUUGGAAUUUUUGGAGAAUUUUCAUUUUUAUGACUGCAAUAUGUGAUGGAAAACAAACACCGAGUCACUGCAGUCUUUUUGAGGUUCUUGGUUAAUGUCAACCUUUUGUUGUGUUUUUGUAUUACUUUACCUUGUGCAUAAUCAUUUAACAUUUUUAACAUUUUAACUAGUGUUUAUGUUGUCAGAGUGUUUGUCAUUAUCAUUGUAACACCGUAAGCGUAAUGAGCUCUAUCUUUAAUGACGACAGAUGUAAUGCGGUAAUUCAUUUGCAAGAUUGAAAAUGUGGCAGAUAACAAACAGCUUUAUAUGAAGACCUGUGACUAACAUUUUGUUGAUCAAAUGAAUUUGUAAAAGGACUGGUGAGGUUUUAGCCAUUUGCUGUAGUUGCAAUGCAGUAUCAGAAUGAACAAAUUGUAUCUAAAUAGCAUAGUUUAGAUGUUAUGCGCUAAGUGAUGUUUUCAAUUGAUGUAUUAGAAUAAUUGUUUUCUUUUCCAAACUGUUAAUCAAAACUUAGUGUUAGAGAUAUUUGUGUGUGUGUUUACCUAACUGUGUAUUGUACUGCGAUUAGCAAUAAACAAACAAGCAAAGAAAAAAAAAAAAAGAAAGAAAAAAAGAAAAAGAAAAAAACUAAAACAACCUUUAAACAAACAAGGCAUAGAAUGAAUUCAAAGUGUUAAGAAAGGAAGUGAAUGUUAUUCUGAAAAAGUGAGAGGCAUACAUUAGUUUUUUGUUUUUAAUAUGCAUCACAAUGUGUAUAAUCAGAAAGCUCUCAAAGUGACCUACACAUUACACAAAUCAUGUUACAGACAAAUACCAGGACAAGCAGCUGACAAUACACAAUGCUUGCCAAGCUAGGCCUUAGUCACCAACAAGAAAAUCCUUACAACUGCAGGUAUAAUGAAACUUUGCCUACUAAUUGCUUUAACUACUAGGCAGGGUGCUUAGUAAGAGGCUACUAAUCAGGUUUGUUGUUUAAGCGUGAUUGGUUUUUAGAUUUUUGAUGAGCUAUUGUCUUAUUGAUGGACUCAAAAAUCAACCCUCGCAAAAUAUGAACCCUGUGCUGCAUGGUGACAGUAUGUUAACCAUUCCAAAAUAUAAGGCUUUGUCCUUGGGCCCACUAUUAUCCAAAAAAUAAAAAUAAAAUAACGAUUGCUCCAUUAUAUUAUAGAGAACCCACGCACUGCCAGCACAUAAUGUAAAAAAUUUUGGCUUGGUAAGCAACAAACAUGCAGCUAAAGGGAAGAGCAUUAUAGCAUAAGAUAAGUGAAUCAAACGCAGUCUCAUGAAAGUCAAUGUAUCAGGCAAUGACAAAUGGAGAACGUGAGACGCUUUGCUGAACUAUGCUGACAUGAGAAGCAGCUGUCUCUGCAGCCUCACAUUACUGACCUCUAGUAUUCUGCUACUGCUACUGCGGAACACAAGAACAAUACAGUGUCUUGUAGAUGAGCGUUUCUUAAUAAACACAUAGAGGGCAAUGUGAAUGUCUCAAAUGUUUGGUGAAAAUGGUGGAAGCCUACUUUAGACAGAAAAUGAGAGAUGGACAGCUGCUAAAGAUAGGUUUGAAGAAUUAAACCCAUGCCACCUGUUCUUGGAUUACAAUGAACAUUUCAGAAAUGCAUUGCACUCUAAUACAGUUAAGUAAAUCGAGGUGAGAUUAAAUAAAAUGAGUCUAGAAUUCUGACAUCACGACUCAAAUCAAUUAAUUCCUGAUAUUUUUGGUCUUACAUGGUUGCUUUUGGAAGAGUGACAUUUAAGAUGCCAGCAAAUAAUCAGCAACAAUGGAUUAUUAAUUGGUUGAAAGGAGACAUGCCAAUAUGUGUGUGUGUGUGUGUGGUUACUUAAGCACCUUGAUUAAUGUAUGCAAUUUUAUGAUGAAGAGAAAAGAGAAAAUAUAUUUGACUUGCUUUCUGAGUGUGCCCCCUUAAAAAAAAGAAAUGAUGAGGAAGUUGAAUACUGCAAAAAGUAUAGCGCAAAAAAAAGAAAA